AUAUUUAGCCUCUGAAGCUGCAGAGGAGCGACACUUUGACUUAGUAUCUCUUGAACAGUAGUCUACCUACUACCUAACAACUCAUUGUCUUUCUAUCUGGACAUCUAUUGAUAAUCUAACGGUUCUUCAAUCACCUCAACGACCUGUCAAUCAAUCGUCCCGUAGGAGAUUUUCUUGUUUUGUUGUAGCACGUUUAGUGACUACAAACCUGUUUCUGUGUAGCGAGGCACCCAGGACAACGAACCACCAAGAUGUCGAUGGACGAGCCUGAGGAUCUGGAGAUGGAGGGAGAGGAGGGGAUAGACGCCAAGGAGCUGAAGAAGGAGCUGGCUGAGUCCAAGGCAGUUAAAGUGCUGAUGCUGGGUGCUGAGGAGUCGGGGAAAAGCACCAUCGUAAAACAAAUGAAAAUCCUCCACCUGGGUGGUUUUAAUAAGGAGGAGAAGGUGAUGUACAGAGAGGUGAUCUUUGGUAACAUCCUGCAGUCAGCUCUGUCCAUCGUCAGAGGCAUGGGCAUCCUGGGGAUCAAGUACGGAUCACCAGCCGCAGAGGAUGAGGGCACGAAGCUGGAGAACCUGUCCAACUCUACUGAAGAGGGCACCAUGCCUCCUGAGAUGGCUGAGUGCAUCAAGAAGUUGUGGCUGGACCCUGGCAUCCAGGAGUGCUUUGAGAGAGCAGCUGAAGGCUACCAGCUCCUCGACUCCGCUCACUACUUCCUCAGUGACCUUGACCGCAUCACCGUGGCUGACUUGACCCCCAAUGACCAAGACAUCCUACGGUGCAGGAUCACGACCGGCGGGGUUAACGAGGAGAGGUUCAUCUGCAGAGACAUCCAAUUCAGGAUGUUUGAUAUGAGCGGUAGAAGAGAAGAGAGGAAGAAGUGGAUCCACUGUUUCCAGGGUGUCCAUUGCGUCCUGUUCUGUAGUGCCCUCAGCGCGUAUGACCUGGUACUGCUGGAGGAUGAGGAAAUGAACCGCAUGCACGAGUCUCUCCACCUAUUCAACAGUAUCUGCAACCACAGGUUCUUCGAGGACACCAUCCACGUGCUUUUCCUCAACAAGAAGGACGUCUUCCAAGAGAAGAUCAAACAUGUCCACCUCAAUGUCUGCUUCCCCGACUACGAUGGGCCAAAUACAUACGAAGACGCCAGUAACCACGUAAAGAUGCAGUUUGAGUCUCUGAACUUGAAGCAGGCGGAGAAACCCAUCUAUACCCACGUCACCUGCGCUGUAGACACACAGGACGUGAACCAGGCCUUCGACACCAUCACAGACAUCAUCAAAAUCAAUCUAAAAGACGCCGGGCUGUUCUGAGCCAGCUCCUGAUUGAAGAACUUACUUCCUUCCAUCCAUCAGCCAACCCCUUGGUUUUAUUUGGCCACUGUGCUGAAGGAGGUGGACAGUCGGUGGACAACUGCUUAUCGGCUGUCUCCAUCACCACCUCCGAACCCUGGUUCCUCGGACGCCUCCUCUACAUCGACAUCAAAGCCUUAACAUCAAGGCCAUUGCAUUGAAAGAGUAUCAAAACAUUUGUACAAAAAUUCAUUUAAAAAAAAGGAAAAUAACAUAAGGCUACAGCAGGCCAUAAGCUCUUCUUUGAGUGAGGCAUUGGACAGGACUUAAAUUGUGGAAUGUACCUUUAACUCCCUGAAGCUAGUGUUUUUGUCUUACCUUCAGUAGUCUCCUGUGGUCUCCAUUUUAUCGUAAAAAAAAAAGUUAAAGUAAACAGUUGAAAUUUCAAUAUUUCAAAAGUCUAUUUUAAUCUAUUUUAAUAGAAUAAUAAUCUUACACUUUGUAAAUAAUUAGACCAUUCUUUAUUUUAAGAAAGACAUCUGAAGUACUGUGAGAAAGAAGGAAUCUUGUGUUUUUUGUUUUUGUGAUGUGUGGACAUAAAAUAAAGAUGCAUAUACUUCCCUG